UCGCGCAGCUUCUCGGUCAAGCAGUCGACCUUCUCGGCGAGGCAGAUGUCGCGCAGGCGCGCCUCGGUCGACGUCGUGUCGAGCGGCUCGAACAGGGUGUCGCCCUCAGACGCAGCGGCCUCGACGGCGACAAGGAACUGCUUGAUGCCCGCGAGCAUCAUGUCGAUCGACCGCACAAAGGACAACAAGCUCGUGUUCGAGACGUCCGAGUCCGUCUCGGUCGCCCCGACCUUUGACUCGCUCGGCCUCAAGGAGGACCUCCUGCGCGGCAUCUACGCCUACGGCUUCGAGAAGCCCUCGGCCAUCCAGCAGCGUGCAAUCCUCCCCGUCACCAAGGGCCGCGAUGUCAUUGCCCAGGCACAAUCCGGUACCGGAAAGACGGCCACGUUCUCCAUCUCGAUGCUCCAGUCGAUCGACUCGUCGGUGCGCGAGACGCAGGCCCUCGUCCUGUCGCCCACGCGCGAGCUCGCGACCCAGAUCCAGAGCGUCAUCCUCGCUCUCGGCGACUACAUGAACGUGUCGUGCCACGCGUGCAUCGGCGGCACGUCGAUCGGCGAGGACAUCCGCAAGCUCGAGCACGGCCAGCAGAUCGUGUCGGGCACGCCCGGGCGCGUGUUUGACAUGAUCAAGCGCCGGCACCUGCGCACGCGCAACAUCAAGAUGCUCGUCCUCGACGAGGCCGACGAGCUCCUCAACAAGGGCUUCAUGGACCAGAUCUACGACGUGUACCGGUACCUCCCGCCGCAGACCCAGGUCGUCGUCCUGAGCGCCACGCUCCCGCACGACGUCCUCGAGAUGACGACCAAGUUCAUGACGGACCCGGUCCGGAUCCUCGUCAAGCGCGACGAGUUGACGCUCGAGGGCAUCAAGCAGUUCUUUGUCGCCGUCGAGAAGGAGGACUGGAAGUUUGACACCCUGUGCGACCUGUACGACACGCUCACCAUCACCCAGGCCGUCAUCUUCUGCAACACGCGUCGGAAGGUCGACUGGUUGACCGAGAAGAUGCGCGAGGCCAACUUUACCGUCUCGUCGAUGCACGGCGAGAUGCCGCAAAAGGAGCGCGACACCAUCAUGGGCGAGUUCCGCUCGGGCGCGUCGCGCGUCCUCAUCACGACCGACGUGUGGGCCCGCGGCAUCGACGUGCAGCAGGUGUCGCUCGUCAUCAACUACGACCUCCCGAGUCGCGAGAACUACAUCCACCGCAUCGGCCGCUCGGGCCGCUUUGGCCGCAAGGGCGUCGCCAUCAACUUCGCGACCAACGAGGACAUCAAGAUUUUAAGGGACCUGGAGCAACACUACGCUACUCAGAUUGACGAAAUGCCCAUCAACGUCGGCGACAUCGUUUGAGCCUCGAGGAGCCUUGUACGGCGAGUUUGUGUCGAGGGGGGCCGCCGCUUGCAACCAACAGUGUACACACGUC